AUGAAGAUUUUGAAAGUGCUAGUGCAAGAUAGAAAGACCAAUGACACCAAGAUUGGAGUCGUUGAAGCAAGGUUGAACAACCUCGAGGCCGGAAUUAACACCAUCGCAACCGUCGUUACCAAUAUCAAGAAUCAAAUGGACCAAAUCCAACAAAAGAUAGAAGAGGACAAGGCAAAGGCAACAGCACGAGUGGCCGACAUUAACAAAAAGUGGGUUGCAAAGCAGAAAAUGGGCGAAGUCAGCACCUCUGGGGCGAAUUCUAGAGUUUGCCCGAUGCCUAGCGGACCGCUCCACACGCCGCAGUGGGCCGCUGCCGAACAAGCAGAAUCACCCGCCAAAGAACGUCUCAUGUGGCACAACGGGAUUGUACUCCCUUUCCAGCCAAAGAAGAAGUUCAAGCUUGAAGAGCAGUUCAAGCAUUUCUUAAACAUGUUUUGUAAGGUCCAUACUAAUAUCCCUCUUAUUGAAUCGUUGAAGGAAAUACCUAGGUAUGCAAAGCUACUAAGGGAGGCCGUGAUGAAGAAGAAGCCUACAAAAGCCGACCUUAAGUUGCCUCAUCAUUGCAACGAGAUCAUUCAAAGGGAGAGGGCCAUAAAGCAAAUAGAUCCCGACCAGUUCAUCAUUAGGUGCUCGAUUGGAGAAGGGAAGGUGGACACGGUCCUUUGCGAUCUAGGGGCUAGCAUAAACAUCAUGCCACUAAAGUACUAUGAAAAGCUUAACAUCGGGCCCCUCAAAACAUCUGAUGUGAUCAUAAGGUUGGCCGAUAACACCGCAAUCAAGACAGUGGGCAUGAUCGAGGAUGUGUUGGUAAAGGUAGACGAUUUCAUUUUCCCUGCCGACUUCAUUAUUCUUGAUAUGAAAGUAGAUAAGAAUGUACCUCUAACCUUAGGCAGAGAUUUUCUAGCCACAUGCAAAGCUCUUAUUGAUGUAGGUAGGGGCGAGAUCACGAUUAGUGACAACGUUAACAAGUCCACCUACAAGACUGAGAGCGCGAUGCUUAAGUAUGAAGAGACACAACGAGCUAAGAUGGAGCAUGAAUGCACACGUCAAAGCCUUAUAGACCACUAG